AUGAAGGAAAUAACAACACAUUUUACAUCGUCGUCAUUAUUAUAUUUUAUAAUGAGCAUAUUAUUAUAUAUGAAUAUAUCUCCAAAUUUUUCAGAAGCAACUUCUUUGACAUAUGCAGUAGCAGCUCAUGAAAAGGCUUGCUUUUAUGCUUGGAUUGAUAAACCGGGAGAAAAGAUUGCCUUUUAUUUUGCAGUACAAACUGGUGGUUCAUUUGAUAUUGAUUAUUUGGUAACAGAUCCAAAAGGUAAAACAAUCUUAAAUGGAGAGAAAGAACGACAAGGAGAUUUUAUAUUUACGGCAAAUUAUGUAGGAGAAUAUUCAUUUUGUUUUGCUAAUGAUAUGUCAACAUUUGCAGAAAAGCUUGUUGAUUUUGAGAUCACAGUUGAGAAUGAACCGAGAGCCGAAUUGCCCACCAAUAAUAAAGAUUUUAUGCCAGACCAAACUAAUAGUAUGGAGGAGAGUUGUUUGAAAUUAAGUAGUAGUCUAAGUACUAUUGCAAGAACUCAAAAAUAUUUUAGAACUCGUGAAAAUCGUAAUUUUUCAACUGUGAAAAGUACAGAAAAUAGAAUAUUUUGGUAUUCAUUGUUGGAAAGCGCAUUAAUUGUUGGAAUGGCUUGUGUACAAAGAAAGAGAAUUUAUCAAGAACAACUUAAAUCGGAUCUUGAGAAUGCAGAAUCCAUGUUCCGUGGUGUAUCAAUUAAAGGGUCUCCAUUAGAUAAAAUAAAUCCUAGAACAAGAGAUGAAUUUGAUGAAUUUUCUAAACUUUUAUGCGAAAGAAUUAAAAAACAUGAGAAACAAGCAUUAUAUGUUACAUUUAUUAAUGGAUUUGUUAAAGAAUUAUGUUCUAAUCUUAAAGAUGUUGAGAUACGUAAACUUUCAAGUAUCUUAUCAACUUUAGCAAAUGAAAAAACAAGAGCAACCAAAGAAAAAGGAAAGAAAAAAAAUAAACCAAAACCAACUCUUCAUGCUGAACUUGAUGAAACCGCAGAUUUUGGGAAUUAUCAUGAUGAAUACGAUGAUGAUUUUAUGUAA